CUGUUGCCAUGUGGGAAAUUAUGAAAGAGAUGUCUCAGUUUAUUAAAAUAUUCAUUGAGUUAUCAGAAUUCAAGGUCCUUGUUGAAAUGUAUUUUGUGAUAACAGGAAAAUGUUACUUUCAGUUUAUCAACCCAUAGAUUUUCUUGAACUAACAUUCAGUCAUUCAACGUUUCCUUUUAUUUCCAUAGUGUUAGAAGGAUCACCGCUGUUCGCAGUUCGAAAAUAACGUUAUUAAGUUUUCAAAAUGGCACAAACUUGGAAAACCUAUGCUGCAGUAUCUGUUGUAGCACUGGGUGCAUUAGGGGUUUUUAUUUGGAGAAAGAAGAAAAGAACAUAUGUCAGGGUAGGGAAGAUUGCCAAAAUAUACUUUUUCCCUAUUAAGUCCAUGAAAGGAUAUGAAGUUUCACAAGGAAAAUGUACUAAAGCAGGAUUAGAAGUUAAUGGCCUCUUGGAUCGAGCUUUUAUGUUGAUAUCAGAAGAUGGAAUGCUUCUUUCUCAGCGUCAGGCACCUCGUCUUGCUUUAUUACCUGCCCCACAAAUCAGUGGAAAAUAUCUAUUACUUACCCAACCUUCAGGUCCAUCUGUAAAAGUUGAAAUCAAAGAUUCUCCAGCUUCUGAAGACAAAGUACUUGAAUGCCGGGUUCACACAGAUUCUGUUACAGUAGUUGACUGUGGGGAUGAAGUGGCAUCAUGGUUUCAGGUAUAUCUGGAAAAGCCUGGUGUUCGUUUGGUCCGUUAUUUCCCUUCGCUACCAGCAAGAAAAUACUUGAGGAAAGAUCCUUUUUAUUCUAAGCUAAAGAAAGAACAUCCAAUAGGACUGCAAGAUCUGGCUGCUAUUCAUUUGUUGUCUCAAGCUUCUAUCGAUGACUUGAAUUCAAGGAUAGAGGAU